AUGAAAUUAGAAAAGAUGCCUCCCUCACCACCUUCACCGCCGUCGCCUCCUUCGCCCACUGCUAUUGCUGGCUUUUCCAUUUCUACCUGUAUCGGUCGUGGUAGUUAUUCAACAGUCUACAAAGCUCACAAAAAUCGUGGCAAAUAUGAAGUUGCAGCCAUCAAAUGCAUUCAAAUCUCAACUUUAAGCAAGAGAUCCAGAGAAAACCUUAUGAACGAAAUCAAGAUUCUAAAACAAAUCAAUCAUCAGCAUGUUGUAUCUAUGAGAACAUUCACCUGGGACGCCCGUUAUAUUUACUUGAUACUAGAAUACUGUCCAGGUGGUAACUUGGCCGAAUUUAUUCGCCGUAAAGGUAGUCUGACUGAAUUUAUGGUUCAACAUUUUGCUCAACAACUAGUACAAGGUCUAGAAGUUUUGCACUCUGAGAACAUUGUGCAUAGUGAUCUAAAACCAGCCAACAUCUUGUUGUCCAUACCACCAGUUGGUUCUUGUAGAAAUGUUCGAUUGAAGAUUGCCGAUUUUGGCUUUUCGCAACGUUUGCAAAACAAUGAAAAGUACACCAUGGGCAUCAAGGGAUCACCACUCUACAUGGCACCAGAAGUACUACGACUACAACCUUACGGUUCACAAGCGGAUCUCUAUUCAUUAGGUGUGAUUUUGUAUGAAUGUUUAUUUGGCUCAGCUCCUUAUAAUACAACGGAUCUCAAUGUACUUACGAAACAAAUCCUAUCCAAUGAUCCUAUCAAAAUUCCUAAAACUAUAGACAUGAGUGAAGAUUGUUGUGAUUUACUUGCGCGACUCUUAGUGAAGGAUCAAGAAAAAAGAAUGAACUUUAAACAAUUGUAUCAUCACUCUUUCGUUGACAUCGAACAUUGCCCGACCCUUGAGAAUUACUACAAGGGAGUUAGUCUCGUCAGACAAGCCACGAUGAUGGAUAACGCUCGCAUCUUCGAAGACGCCAGAGCUUUCUAUGUGGAAGCUCUACUAUACCUAGUGCCUGUGUACCAUUGGCUAGAUUCGUUCAACGACAAUCAAAGAAAGUGGCUAAGCAGAAGAGUGCAGGAAUAUUUUACUAGGGCUGAACAAAUCACUAUACACCAUCUGUCUACUAGGACAUGUUGA